AUGACCGACACAGAACCUCCGGCUAAGAAGAAGUGUCUCGGCGCCGACUGCGAAAACGAUGCUGGUUCAUUGCAGUGCCCGACUUGCUUGAAGCUGGGAAUCAAGGACAGCUUCUUCUGCUCCCAGGACUGCUUCAAGAAAAAUUGGGGCGACCACAAGUCGAUGCACAAGACUGCGCAGGGCAAGACUCAGAACGGUAUUCUCCACAGCAUUUUCCCUCCGAAGGUCGUCUCUAAACCUGAUCCAGCAACUGGCUUCUUCAACCCGUUCCCUUCGUAUCCCUUCACCGGAUCUCUACGACCUGUCUAUCCGCUGUCGCCUAAGCGCACCGUGCCCAAGUCGAUACCACAUCCCGACUAUGCCGAGACGGGCAUCCCAAAGAGCGCCCGCCUGAUCAACAGGAACAAGUUUGAGAUUCUGGAUGCCAAGUCGCAGGAGGGUAUGCGCAAGGUCUGCAGAUUGGCCCGAGAAGUGUUGGAUAUAGUGGCUGCCGAGUUGAAGCCUGGCAUUACCACUGAUUACCUGGACGAGGUCUGCCACAAGGCAUGCAUUGAACGCAAUUCCUACCCUUCUCCUCUCAACUACAACCAUUUCCCCAAGUCCAUCUGCACUUCGCCGAAUGAGGUCAUCUGUCAUGGUAUCCCGGAUCAGCGCAUUCUCCUAGACGGCGACAUUAUCAACCUCGAUGUGACCCUUUACCACGAGGGCUUUCACGGCGAUCUCAACGAGACGUACUACGUAGGCGACCGUGCCAAAGCCGACCCCGAUGCCGUGAGGGUGGUUGAGACAGCGCGAGAGUGCUUGGACAAGGCGAUUGAGCUCGUAAAGCCGGGCGCGUUGAUUCGAGACUUUGGCAAUGUGAUUGAGAAGCAUGCCAAGGAGAGGGAUUGUAGCGUCAUUCGCACCUACUGUGGUCACGGCAUCAACAGCAUCUUCCACUGCCCACCCAACGUGCCUCACUAUGCAAAGAACAAGGCAGUGGGAGAGUGCAAGCCGGGCAUGACAUUCACCAUCGAGCCCAUGAUCGCCCUUGGCAAAUAUCGUGAUGUGACCUGGCCGGACAACUGGACCAGUACGACUAUUGACGGCAAGAAGACUGCCCAAUUUGAACACACUCUACUCGUGACAGAGACUGGUGUAGAAAUUCUGACCGCCAGGCAAGAGAGCUCCCCGGGAGGUCCGAUCCCUAUACCUGCACCGGUUGAGAACGGGACCAGCGGAUAG